AUGUUCGCUCGAUUGAGUCUGAACAUUGUGACCAUAUGUGAAGGUCCGGCUGACGUCACCGCUGACCCACCCCCUGUUAGAGGACACCAGACCAUCUGUCCUCCUGGUUAUUGUCUCACCGUCUGUCCCGGAGCCUGCAGGCUGCAGAGGAACAUGCGGACUGCGGCGCUCCGACCGGCCGCGACGCUGGUUCUGUUCGGCGCAGCGCUGUGCGCCAGUCGGGCCGAGGUGAUCGAUGACUUGCUGGGCAGCCUCUCCCGCGGGGUGUCCUUCCUGGAGCGGCAGCAUGAGCACAUCAACCUGGACGGGGCGGUGGGCUUCGUCAUGCUGCAGGCCGAGCUGAAGGAAGCGGUCCGGACCUGGCCGCACACGGACCCGGUCAGCUGGGCUCAGAGGACCGCCGCCGUUGCUCUGCUCAGCCGCCUCGAUCAAAGCCUGGACAAGGCUGUCGCCGCCCUGAGGCUCAACGACCCCAAAUACUACAGAGAGUUUGAGCCGCUGCUGACUUGGACGUUUUGGAUGAUUCCUCAGGAGUGGCGCUCUACGGAUCCCAGCCUGGUUUAUCCCUCAACUUUGACCUCUGAGUGUUACGACGAGCAGCUGAGCGAUAAGUGCCUGACGCUGCUGCUGGGGACCUGGAAGAUGAACGGGACGCCCUGCAUCGUCACCAAGCCCUGCCGGGACACCAUGACCCGCUUCGGUUGCCCACAUUACUCCCUGUCCCACCAGCUCCUCUACUUUAUGAUUGGCCGAAUGAGAGGUUGCAACAACUUGUUGAAAGGUGACACCCGAGCGUCCCGAGCCAACAUGACCGAACAAAACUACCAAGACAUUUUCUGCUCCAACAUGAUGAAGGCUAACCAGGACAUCGUUGCUAACGGUUUAACCGAACAAACGGUCGACAUCUUCAUUGAAAACAUCCUGAUUUGUGGGUUAGCUGGUUUUUCCGACUUCCAUAAAACCGACUGGCUGCAGCACAUCCUCAGGCUGCAAGACGACGAAGUCGGUUGUUUUGGGAGGGACAAAAGCUUCGUCUCGCAGAUUAUUGGAGAUGAGCUGCUGGAGCAGCUGCAGCCUCACCGGAGAGUAAAACGGAGGGAGAAAAUACUUCCUGACGGUUGCUCCAGUCACAUGACGGCGGUGGCGGUGGGAGCUCUGGGAGGAUACCUGAACUUUCACCUGACAGAGCAGGACAUAACGAAGAGGCCGCUGUCCUGAACAGACUGUCCACAACACCUGUUGUAUCAACACAUUUGUUGAUGUUUAAAAAAAUGCUGGAAGUUUGUGUUUUAAUCCUCUUGGUAAAACUGGAUUAAGUUCAGCUAAUGUAAAAGCACACACACACACAUUUCUUCACUGUAAGUAUACAAACUAUUUGUGUCUGUGACUGAUUUAAGUUCAUAUGACAAAUAAUCCUGAUUGUUACUAAAUUUCUGCAUCAACUCGUCCCUGAUGCCAAGUUUCACCCAUUUUAUUCACGUCGCUUUGAAUUAUUGCUAAACAAGUUUUCUGACUCCAGAAAACAUUUUCUGUUUUUACAGGCAGAAAAUGUUGUUAAAUGUUGUGUUUUAUGGAGCUAAGCAGUAAAAAUCUGCAGGAAUUUUCUCCAACAUGAAACUAACUUCAAUUAAAAACCUCCAGGCAUCUGCA